CAGUGACUUAGUUAGCAGAGUAUAAACAUGGUCGAAUUCGGUUUGAAGCUUGAAGAUAACAAGGUUUCCGAAUGGAGCGAGCACUACAUUGAUUACGAAGCUCUGAAAAAGAUUUUGAAAAAGGCGAAAAAGGCAGAGAAGAAGUAUGAAGAAACGUGUCAAGAAAAUCCAAACACAGCAAAGAAAAUUACCAAGGCAUACCGAUCGGGAGAAUAUAAUGAAAUGAGGCAUUUGUUGUCGACGCAAGACAUAAAUUCGAUUACACCCUUGACGAGAAAGGGAAGUCUUUCAACAAUUGUGUCUGAAUCAGACGCAGAAGAACUCAGAGCCAGUGGCGAUGUGGAAAUAGGACAAGCAUCCGAAAUACGUCCCCUCUUGAAKCACGCAGAUUCGAACGACUCAUUUAUAUCAACWAGCAUCGUCAAUGUUAUUUCAGGAAUGGCAAGUAACAUGCUAAAUUCAAACGAACUAAACAAUACUUUCGAACGAAAAAUAAGAAAGAGCCUUGAAGAAAUUGAUUUCCAAACAUCCGCAUUUGAUGGUCUAUUCAAUAAACAACAGAAAAAGGUUGUAUGCUUUUACUAUUCGCAGCUCCAAAGUCUUGAAGAAMGACUGCAGUCAAUUGUGGACUGGGUUCAACGAGAUUAUGCAAUUAAUACACAUACCUUUGAUAGUGGUGGGAGAACCGACAYGUCCAUGUCGGAAGGUGAAGGAGAGAUAAUUUCGCCGUUUCCAUCGCAUCGACGAAAAAAAUCAUCAAUUGGAGAACAUCUAGAAGAACUCAUCAUUCAACUGACAGAAAGUGUUAGAUCGAUCGGGAACGAAAACGAAGAUGAAGAUGAAACACACUCUGAUACGAGACCAAAGAUGCGUGUCUCUCAAAUUCGCAUGGGAAAAAUAUUGAAAGAGAAUCCAACUAACCUCUCAGGUGUCACCGACGAAGAUUAUGAAGAUGACCCUGACUGGGACCAUGAAAAUGUCGUGAAAGCCGAGACAAUCAGGCGUUCUCUGGUAGACCAAUACCGUCUGGCAAAACUUUUACAAAACUAUGCCAUGAUGAACAUCACAGGGUUUGUCAAAAUCGUGAAGAAGUUUGACAAGACUGUUCCGUCUGAAAAAGGCCGUUUCGAAAAUGCGCUAGAGAACCACAAUAUGUUGAACGACGCGAAAGCAGUUGAAAUACUUUCGAACAAGUAUGAAAAGUACUACGCCAAUUGGUUCUGCAGUGGUGACUUGAGAGAAGCCAAGGCACAGAUGCUGGUAAAAAGAGGAGAUGGUCUAGAUAUGGAUUGGUCCCAACUUCAGCUUGGUUAUCGGAUGGGAAUGUGUGCAAUUUUAGCUUUAUGGGUCUGCUGGGACUUGGUCUGGGGUAUGGUUGCCUAUGGCAAAACAACRAUAGGAGCUAGAUAUGGAUUUCCUGUCUUUCGGGCCUGUGGAGGUCUCCUAUUGCUGCAAUGGUUUUGGGGUUGCAGUGUUUUUAUGUGGACUCGGUAUCGUGUCAAUUAUAUUUUCUUGUUCGACUUCAAUCCUCGAAUAGUCAGAACACCCAAGGAGCUAAUYCGUGAAGCCGUGGACAGUACGCUUAUUUACCUUUUGUUGAUGUUGGUAAGUUAUUGAUCACCACUAGUMAGCCGUAGGUGCAGUCGACWAUACUUGAUCUCAUAACCAGUGGAAUCAACCUCCUGCUUCUCCAUCAUUAUUUUGCACAUGUAUUCCGACAAUAACAGCUGUACUACAAGGUGAGUAGAAACUUUCUGUUUGGCAUGGAACGAAUUUCUACGAGAUGACCUGAUUGACGCGGCGUGAAUAUCUUGAUUCCAAAUAGACAUGCAGACAACCAAGUUUCAUUUGUAUCUAAUUUUUACUUUUUCCAUCGUUUCGUGCUGAUAGGCUGGUGCGCAUGACAUACCACAAGUGAUCCCCCCUGGAGGCUAUCCAUUGAUUCUUGUGUUCGUUACCAUGUGGAAACUUGUUUUCCCUCUAAAAAUAAGACUUCCAAUGUGGA